UGGAACGGCGGGGGGUUGUUUCUCCGCAAAAUAAUGGCUGCUUGCGUGCGCUGCCGUCCGCGCGCGUAAGUCUUCCCCGGUUUGGGUCGCGGGAGCUACCGGGACCGGAGGCGCUCAGAAUGCCGCAGAGACCUGGGGAGGAAGAGGAGGAGGAGCGAGAACGGGAAGACGCUGCUCGGCGUCUGUGCUCGGUAAACAACCGGGAGCCUAGUCAAGUUAUUUUCUGCAACCGCACCCCCCGCUUGGUGAGACCCGUCUGGCUGGACUUCGACGGGAAGCCGCGCCCCUAUCCCACCCUGAAGCCAGGCACCGGCCGCCGGAUGUACAGCUACCUGGAACAUCUUUGGUUGUUCAGAGAUGCCAGGUCAGAUGAUAGUCUCCUUGUCAACCAGACAGAGUUGUUCGUAGCUACUCGCAAUAUAAAUGAACAACCCAUAUUCGCAAAUAUUACAUUGCCAGUAUUCACUCUGAAGGAAAGAUGUCUACAAGUUAUCCGCACAUUAGUGAAACCAGGAAACUACAGGGAAUUAGACAUUGUUCGUUCAUUAUAUGAAGAUCUAGAAGAUUAUCCAGACAUUAGGAAGGAUCUUCAGCGGCUUUCUGUGGAAAGGCAUAACGGGCUGAGGAAUAGAAUCUCUGAUCGACGUGAGGAGUCUUAAAUGAAAAAGCUACUUGGACUAAUAAACUACUGUGUACAAGACGUAAUAACAAUAUUUUAUGAAUGGAAAAGACAGCAUCGACUUUCCAUUGUGUAUUACUUAGCUUUUGUUUGAUUUAGCCUAUGUAAGUUAUAUGUUGAUAGGCAAAGACAAUGAGUCAAAAUGCCACCAGGCCAUAGCUAAAAACACUUCAGUAAAACAAAACAUUAGGGAAGGUAUGGAACUUUAUUUAGAUAUACAGGAAAAGGUGAAGUGUUUCCAAAGCUGCUUCCUGGUGGUUCUCCACAUAUUCCAACUACUGUCUUAUUAUUUUAUUGUAAAAACUGAACUGUGAACAAAAUAAUCCUCAUAUUUAAGAGUAAAUUACUAUUAAAUGUUUCACCCCUCUAUAUUUAUCUUACAAAUUGAUUUUGAGGGACAAGAACAUUAGGUUGCCUUUUAUUAUUAUUAUAUUUCCUGUAGAUUAUUGUUAUUGCUGCAGAUAUCUGACAUAAAUAGAAAAAGAUGGAAAUUCCGUGAAUGAAUGUCAUGAAGUAAUGAAUGUUACUUCCGUUAAAGCAAGGAGUAAGCGUUUUCUUAGCUAGCAUUUUUUCCAUUGCCACUAACCCGAAAAUCUAACAACUAUAUGGCAGACAUAGUUUUAUGAUAAACCACAAUUUAACUUUGGUUUAAGUCUCACUAUAGAAGUAAAACUGGAUGAAAUAAAUAUGAAAAUAAUAACUUCCACUUCUUUGAUGUUCCAGCCAGAAGAUCAUGACCAGACCUAAACAAUACGAAGAAAACUUCCUGAAUUUCCUAUGCUUCCUCAGUUCAUUGCACUACAGGUUGCCCUUGAUUUAUAACUUCAUUUAAUAACAGUCCGGAAUUACAAUGUCCUUGGAAAAAUGCUUUGCAGCCCAUAAAGCAAUUCUGACCAUUAGAAAACAUUGCCUCACCACCCUGCAGUAAUGUAAUCCUGAUCUGGGUGCUUGGCAACCUCUUUGCAUUUAUGACCAGGUUAUUGCCAAGUGCCUUACGAUCAUAUGAUUGGCAUUUGCAAUCUUCUGUGCCAGCUUUUUUAGAAAAUCUGUGGGAAAGCCAGCAGGGAAGGUUUGCAAGCUGCUGCCAUUCUCAUCUCUGAGGGCUGUCUGAAAGAGCCGCUUCCCAAGGGAAGCUGAACCCCUUUAGCAGGAUGCAGAAAUGGAGCUAAAAAUCCUCAAUGGAGUUCAGCUCCAUUCCUACACCCUGUUGAAAGAAUUCCCUUUCAUGUACAGAGGGGAGCUGAACUCCUUUCAGUCAGCCUCCACGGUAAGGAACCGAAAUCCAAGCAGGGAAUAAAGCGUCAAAGUAGCAAGGAAAGAAGUGGGGGAUGACAUAUGGGGGAAACCUACUGCAGCCUGUGCAUGAGUGUCUCUACUCAGUCUGCAAAUUUUGCUUGGAUUUUGCAAGGGUAAUUUUCAGCUCCUGACUGGAGCCUGUCUGGGUUUCUUCUGUCCUCCUGAGGCACCCUGCACUCCUUAUCUGGUACUCCGCUUAACAACCCACACACUUAUUUAACAACUAUAGUCAGGUGUGCCAGGAUUGUAAUCAUUGAGCAGAACAUCUUGUUUAACAACCACUGCUCAAUUACUCCUAUCCAAAUUGUGGUCAUAAGUCAAGACUACUAUAUACCACACAUCCCCAAAACUCUCCAUUUUAAUAACUUUCUAGAGCAUGCUGAGGUAAUGUUCAACUGCUUUAUAAAAUAUUUUUGUUUUGAGGUUUAGCAGGUGAUACAUGGAAUCACUGUUGUUCAAUUUUCCAGUCUCUUUUCUAUAUAGCUACUGAAAACUAAUUUUUAGAAAUAUUUUUACGUUAUUUGGUGUCAGCAAAGAGUGCUUUCACUAUUUAAUCUUAAACUUUCAAGGUGGAAUAAUUGAGGUGAGGGACCAAUGUUUGGAUAUCAUUUUUUCAAGUAAGGCAUGUUUGUUAAAUAAUUUCAUGUCCAAAAUAGUUUCUAAAGUGCAUAAUUUGUGUACACAUGAACGUUGGGGGCUAGAACUUUGUGUAAAUAAGAUACUCCUGUUUUAAAUCAGACAGCAAAAAUAGCAACAUAAAACAGGAAGAAGGUCUUUAUAAAAAUGAAGUACAUAGCAGCUCAGUUUUAGUACCUUAAAUACUUAGUUCUGUAUCUGAGUUCUUACAAUAAAACAUGUUGUUAAUGUGAAAUUGGGCACAUCAUUACUUUUGUGUAAUUCUAUGUUUGAUAUAGAGUGAUAAUAGUUGUCCAGGCUGGCCUAUUUGACUUCUAUUUCUGAGUUGUUAAGAAUUGCUUUUAAUGUAUAUCUGAUUAUUUCUCAGCAUUCCAUAUAAUGCAGUUUAUCUUUUUUUAAAAAUCCUUGAAGAUAUUAAAGCAGCUUGUUAGUUGGAUCUGUUUUUUUUCUUUUCUCUCCUGCCCCUUCAGUUUGUAUAAAUAUGUAAAAUAUAGACUAUGUUAAUGCACACUAAGCCAUUGUUUAUAAAAUUCAUUAUCUGGAUACGUAUCAAAUGGUAAGCCACAAACAGACAAGUCAUGUUUUGUCUUUCCAGAUUAUAUGAAGUCAAGCAUAUUGUUACUUUUGCUAGUUUCCUACUAGAUUCUUAAGCAAUGCAAGAAAGCACUUGUAAGAAACAAUGCCCCCACACUAGGAAGCACAAUGAGCUAAUUGGCACUCUUUUCCUUUUAAUGCCUACAGGUGUCUCAGGGCAAUGCUUACUUUUCUUGACAAAGUACAUUUCUUAGCAGUGUUUGGCUAGAGAUUUGCAUUUCUCUAUUUUUAAAAUGGGAUUAACUUCUGCUUUUUAAACUCCUCUUUUAAAGCAAUGCAGAUGAAUAGAUCCAGAUAUCACAAUGGUUACUCUUAAGUAGCACUACUUACAUGAAACAAAUAACUUUUUAGAUAUAUAUUUAAUUGGUAAUGCUUUACAAUAAGGAUGGGCAAUAUGUGAUGAAGCUGAAGUGACCACAUUUUGCUUUGAUGUCCGGCUCCUGUCUUCGUUUAAAAGAGUGGCUCCAAAAGCUCUCUCAGAGUUCACUGUUACCAUCUUAAAAGAUCCGUUAAAUGUGGAGCUAUUUAUCAAAAACACUUGGUUUUAGGUGACAACUUUAAGACUUGUGGACUUCAACUCUCAGAAUUCCUCAGCCGGCCAUGAAGUCCUCAGGUCUUGGCCAAGGUUGGACACUCCUGCAUUUAGGCCCUGCAUCUACCAAAGUUACACUGUUAUGUCAGAGGUAUACAGGAUUUUUGGGGAGUUGGGGGGCAGUGCACAACUUUGGAACUUGGAGAGCAUGUUAUGGGCAUCCUAAAAUGCUCAUGACCAACAUGGCUACCAGUAAACUAAACCACCCAAUUAAUAGAAGCCCAAGGAAAAUCUAUUCCUUCUCAUGCUCCCUAAUCGCUUUCUCUCCAUUGUGUCAUUAAAGGAGUGCUAAAAAGAAAAACCAAGGGGAGCAGGGAGCUUUAUGUACUGACAGGCAUGGGGGUACAUUGGCACCCAUCCUUUGUAAUGACAUUAUAUCCAGAGGCGUGCAUCUAAAAUAAUAUCACACUGACUUUUCAACUAGGACAUACAUGGAUUGGAACUAAUUUUAUUGAUUUGAAGUAAGAAAAUGAAAGGCAGAAGCCAUGUGUAGAGUUUUAUCAAUUGUUUAAAGUUUUAAAAUGUUUAAUUGUUAUAAAUAAUUUGUAAUCUUGUGAGUUACACAAAUGAGAACAAGAUUAUAUUACAUUCCAAUGGACAUAUUUUUUUUGUUUUUUUAUGUACGUGCUUGUUUUACCAUUGCUCCUGCAAAUCAGCUUUGGACAUUGCACUUGAGAAAUUGUUACACUAAUAAACUUUUUCCUAGA